AUGAAAUCAUGGAAUUCAGACACCGAGAACAGGUUGGUGAUCAACAGAGGUGGAGGAAUCAUUCAUCCCAACGAUUCCAUUGUCAAUUAUGAUAUGUUUAUCCUCAUUGGCAUCCCUGGCCUGAAGGAGCUGCACAUGUGGAUCUCCAUCUCCUUCUGCCUGAUGUACCUGGGGGUUGUGUCAAGAAAUGUUAUCCUGAUCCUCGUGGUGGCAGUCGAAUGCAGUCUUCAUGAACCCAUGUACCUCUUCCUCUCCAUGUUGGCUUUUUGGGAUCUGAUGCUAUCCACAUCCACAGUACCCAAAGCCCUGAGCAUCUUCUGGUUUGAUGAUGUGGACAUCUCUUUUGGUGGUUGUGUAACCUAUCUCUUCUUUACGCAUUUUGCCUUUGUAGUGGAGUCAGGCAUUCUCUUGGCCAUGACUUUUGAUCGUUAUGUGGCCAUCUGCUACCCACUGAUGUAUACCACCAUUCUUAGCCAUGGUGUCAUCAGCAAAAUAGGGGGUGCUGUAGUGCUCAGGAGUUUUGCAACUGUUUUCCCCAUUAUCUUCCUAGUGAAGCAUCCCUUCUGCUGGACAAACAUCAUUGCCCACACAUUUUGUGAACACUUGGGGCUGGCAAAGCUGGCUUGUGCUGAUAUCACCAUCAACAUUUGGUAUGGAAUCUCUGUGCCAUUACUCAGUGUUGUGCUAGAUAUGGUGACAAUAGUCAUCUCCUAUGGGCUUAUUCUCCGGGCAGUCUUCAGGUUGCCAUCCCACGAUGCGUGAAUGAAAUCCCUUAGCACGUGUGGUUCCCAUAUCUGUGUCAUCCUCAUGUUCUACCUUCCAGGGAUUUUUACUGUCAUUGCUCAUUGUUGGAGCAAACAUAUCCACAUCCUGUUAGCCAAUCUCUAUGUUCUUGUUACCCCCAUGAUGAACUCAAUUAUCUAUGGAGUAAAGACCAAACAGAUUCGGUGGCUGAGUGGACCUUGUGUUUUAUUUGAAAAGGAAAUGUUGCUGAGGAUAACUGACUCUUGUGGUUUUUUAGAGUUCAUGUUGAUUGUGGAGUUUCAGUGGGAUGGCCAGGAGGUGUUACCAAAUACAGAGUCGGCUAUGUGGGACAGAGAAAGAAUUGGGAGUAGAACUUUGGAUGUGGGAAUUUUCAGCAUGCAGAUGGUUAUUGAAUUUAUGAGCUUACUGGGUGCUAAACAAGCCUAUGAAUAA